GCUUAGUUCAAUUCCUCCAGACUGUGCGUCGCGAAGGCUCAGGACAACUGGAGGAGGAUGUGACGGACGAGGGAGACUAUCCACGAGGAAGACGACGCACGAGCGACCGACGGACGGAUCAGUAUUCAGGCGCUUCAGGCGAAGCAAACAGGUGGCUGCCUAGUACAACAUGGGUAACGCUGACUCCAAACUCAACUUCAGGAAAGCUGUGAUACGACUAACAACCAAAACACAGCCUGUGGAGACUACAGACGAUACUUUCUGGGACCAGUUCUGGGCGGAUACUGCCACGACCGUCCAGGAUGUGUUCGCUCUGGUGCCGGCAGCAGAGAUACGAGCUGUCAGGGAGGAAUCUCCCUCCAAUCUAGCAACCCUCUGCUACAAGGCGGUGGAGAAGCUUGUCCAGGCGGCUGAAUCUGGUUGUCCCUCAGAGAAGGAGAGACAGAUAGUCCUGAACUGCACCCGUCUGCUCACACGUAUCCUACCAUACAUCUUUGAGGAUGCAGACUGGAGAGGGUUCUUCUGGUCUAACGUGCCUGGAGCUCGGCAAGAUGAAGGUAAUGAUGAUGGAGCGAGGCCCCUGGCUGAGUCUCUCCUCCUGGCUGUAUCUGACCUGCUCUUCUGUCCAGACUUCACCGUUCAGAGCCACAAGAGAGCCGGCCCGGACACAGAGGAGGACAUGCAGUCGAUAGACAGUUGUGAGUACAUCUGGGAGGCAGGGGUGGGGUUCGCUCAGUCACCCCCUCUCGACUACAUCCACGACCUCAACAGGACGGAGCUGCUGAAGCUGCUUUUGACCUGUUUCUCUGACGCCAUGUACCUGCCCCCCUCUGCUGAGAACAACAUCCUCAACCGCUGGGUUACCUUCUUCAGCUCUACAGAUAACAGACAUGCCCUGCCUCUCUUCACAUCUCUCCUAAAUGUGGUGUGCGCCUAUGACCCAGUGGGGUACGGUAUCCCCUACAACUACUUGAUGUUCUCUGACUACCGAGAGGUGCUGGUGGAGCAUGCUGUCCAGAUCCUCAUAGUGACUCUGGAGCACGAGGCCGGGGCAGCUGCAGCCACAGCUCAACACAACCUGGACCACUUACACUCCCUCUCCGCCUCUGCGAUGGAAGACAAGGAGCUUGUGGGACCAGACAACCUGUUUGUUAACUACCUGUCCAGGAUCCAUAGGGAGGAGGACUUCAGCUUCAUCCUGAAGGGCCUGGCCAGACUGAUGACCAACCCUCUGAUCCAAACCUACCUGCCCAAAUCUACCAAGAAGAUCCAGUUCCACCAGGAACUCCUGGUGCUCUUCUGGAAGCUCUGUGACUUCAACAAGAAGUUUCUAUUCUUUGUGUUAAAGAGCAGUGAUGUUCUGGAUGUCCUGGUGCCUAUCCUGUUCUACCUGAAUGAUGCACGAGCUGACCAGUCUAGUGUGGGCCUGAUACACAUUGGUGUCUUUAUCCUGCUGCUGCUGAGUGGAGAGAGGAACUUUGGUGUGCGUCUGAAUAAAACCUAUUCGAUACGGGUCCCCAUGGACAUCCCUGUGUUCACUGGAACACAUGCUGAUCUGCUCAUCAUGAUUUUCCACAAAAUCAUCACAGGUGGACACCAGCACCUGAAGCCUCUCUUUGACUGCCUGCUUACCAUCAUAGUGAAUGUGUCUCCCUACCUGAAGAGUCUGUCCAUGGUAGCAGCCACCAAGCUGCUCCACCUCCUGGAAGCCUUCUCCACCAACUGGUUCCUGUUCUCUGCCUCCCAGAACCAUCAUCUGAUCUUCUUCCUGCUCGAGGUCUUCAACAACCUCAUACAGUAUCAGUUUGAUGGUAACUGUAACCUGGUGUACACCCUCAUCCGCAAGCGCAACAUCUUCCAUCAGCUGGCCAAUCUGACCUCUGACCCGGUCACUAUCCACAAGGCCCUAGAGAUGAAGAAGACGACAUUGGCUCGUAUCCCCCGUACCAACUCCCAGGAGACCAUCUCCAUGGAUGGGUCCCGACCGGCCGUCCCAGCUGAGCCAGGGACCCUCAAAGCCAGCCUCGUGGCCAUACCAGCUAUUGACAAGCUGACAAAGAAGGCUCAGGUCUCUGAGGAUGGCACCAUGGUCUGUCUCCAGCACAACACACGCAAUCCACAGAUGACCGCUGACCAGCAUACACACAGCCUGCAGCCUCAAACGGCUGAUGACCAGCACAAACACUCUCCACAGUCCUCUGACACCAACACCAGUGGUAUAGCAGGAGCCAGCAACACAGAGUCCAACUCAGGGAGAAACAAUGAGGAGGCUUUUCCACCAGUGUCAGACCUAGCCAGGGGUUGUUUGUCCAGAGUGUCAGCAUCAGCUACAUACUGGAACCCUACUCCAGACUGGGUCCUCUCCUGGAAGAGUAAGCUUCCUCUCCAGACGAUCAUGAGGCUGCUACAAGUCCUGGUUCCUCAGGUGGAGAAGAUCUGCAUAGACAAGGGCCUGACAGAUGAGUCAGAGAUCCUGAAGUUCCUGCAGCAUGGUACCCUGGUGGGCCUGCUGCCUGUGCCACAUCCCAUCCUCAUCAGGAAAUACCAGGCUAACGCGGGCACUGCCAUGUGGUUCCGCACAUACACGUGGGGUGUCAUUUACCUACGUAACGUGGAUCCUCCAAUCUGGUACGACACCGACGUCAGACUGUUUGAGAUUCAGAGGAUCUAACUGGAGGAGGUGAAGAGGUCUCUACGACUGCGUCUGAAAUAGCACCCUGUCCCCUAUAUAGUGCAUAGCUUUUGACAGGAGCCCUAUGGACCCUUGUCAAAAGUAGUGCACUAUAUAAGGGGACCGGGUGCUAUUUGGGAAGCACACUGUGUCUCUCUGGUACUGGGUUGUCUGGCUAGUUCCCCCUCAGAACCACAAACUCAUAACCGUCUCCUACCAACUGCCAUCUUCAAACCUGAACACAAGUCUGGAUGAGGAAGAGGACAGAUGAAGAUUGAACGGAUAUACCUGCUCUAGAAAACAAGAAUUGACCGUUUUUUUCUUGCAUUUUGUUUCUUGCCAAACCCGUAAAUCAUCAUGUAAUAAACCACUUUUCCUACAA